ACGAGCGGGUUAAGUUCAGAAAGUUGCACAAUUAAUAUGUUAAUUCACGUAUUCAGAAGUGGUUACUGUAGUUCGCCGCAAUAUUCAGGACUAUUGCGACCGAUACUUCUUUCAUUUCGCCACAAUGGAAUACAUCAACAGUUUCGAAUACACACGAGAAUAAUCACCAGCACUGAAGUAGUCAGUCGAGGCGCGAGACAAUCGAAUCUGUUUCAUAACUCUCUGAUAGUUUCAUUGGGAAGAAGAUACCAGUCUGGCACUAGGAUAAGUAACGUUACCUCAACUACACCUAACGCAAACGAUUCAAAGCCGGAUAAUUCUUUGAAAGUUCCAAAGGCGAGGCUGAAAUCCACCGACGUAAAACGGCUGUUGGAGUUUGCAAAAUCGGAACGAUGGAACAUUGCUGGUGGCAUCAGCUGUUUGCUUAUAUCGUCAGUUAUAACUAUGUCCGUUCCGUUUGGAUUGGGCAAAAUUCUUGAUGUGAUUUAUUCUACCUCGGCAGAGAGUGGGAUAGCAAAGGAAAAGCUGGACCAGUUUUGUUUGCUCUUAGCAGGAGUAUUUCUGCUUGGAGGGCUUGCCAACUUUGGAAGGGUUUACCUGUUCGGCAAUGCUUCUCUAAGAAUUACGAAAUCAAUUCGUACUAAAGUGUACUGUUCGAUGAUGAAUCAAGAGGCCGGCUGGUUCGACCGGAAAGGAACUGGUGAGCUAGUAAACCGAUUAUCGGCGGACACGUACCUGGUGGGUAAUUCACUAAGUAUGAACCUUUCCGACGGACUCCGCUCGACGGCGAUGAUUUUGGCUGGGGCAGGCAUGAUGGUGUACACCUCUCCGCAUCUAGCUCUGGUGGGAAUGUGUAUUGUUCCGUGCGUAGCUGGUAUGGCUAUUGUUUAUGGACGAUACGUGCGAAAUAUUACGAAGGAAUUGAUGGAUAAAUAUGCAGAAGUUAUGAAAAUCGGAGAGGAGAGGUUGGGGAAUGUUAAAACGGUGAAGAUGUUUUGCAAGGAGAAAUUCGAGAAUCAGAUGUUUACGGAGCAAUUGCUGAGUGCUCUUAAAAUUGGCUAUAGGGAAACUAGGGCAAGAGCCACAUUCUAUGGAAUGACUGGCCUAUCGGGGAAUAUUAUAAUUCUGUCGGUACUUUACUAUGGUGGAACGAUGGUCAGUAAUAGUGAAAUGACGGUUGGGGCACUGACUUCUUUCAUUUUAUACGCCGGUUACACUGCAAUUUCGAUAGGAGGACUAAGUAAUUUUUACACCGAACUGAACAAAGGUGUUGGAUCGGCUGCGAGACUGUGGGAAAUCAUAGACCGAAAAUUCUUGAUCCCCGUAGAAGGCGGUUUGGAGCUUAGGCAUGCUCCGAACGGUGAACUAGUAUUCAAUAAUGUUACCUUCAAUUACCCUUCGCGACCGAAUGCUAAUGUGCUGAGUAACUUAAGUCUAAGAAUCGAUCCGGGAACAUCUACGGCUGUGGUAGGCAAGAGCGGUUCAGGCAAAUCUACUUUGGCAUCGUUGCUUCUUAGGUUGUAUGACCCACAAGCCGGAAGCAUUCUUCUAGAUGGUCGUGAUCUUAAAGAACUGAAUCCAACGUCUUUACGGCGACAUAUUGGUGCUGUUAAUCAGGAACCGGUUCUAUUCAGUGGAUCAAUUCGUGAAAACAUUCUGUACGGAUUGAAUUCGGAUGAAAAUAUUUCCGAAAGCGACAUCCAGCGUGUUAUUCGAGAAGCUCACGUAUAUGAGUUUGCGAAGGAUUUUCCAGAUGGGUUAAACACAUUGGUCGGCCAACGAGGGAUCAUGCUAAGCGGAGGGCAAAAACAACGGGUAGCAAUCGCAAGAGCAAUCAUUCGGAAUCCUAAAAUAUUAAUUUUGGAUGAGGCAACUAGUGCAUUGGAUGCCGCGUCCGAGGAGCUUAUUCAAAAUGCACUGGAAAAUUUAACCAAAAACCGGACAGUGCUAACCAUAGCCCAUCGACUCAGUACGAUACGCAACGCAACCAACAUUGCAGUGCUUCAGGACGGCAGGAUCGUCGAGCAUGGCAACUACCAGCAGCUGAUUGCGAUGCCUGCUGGUAUUUUUAGGGAAUUAGUUCAGCGACAAACAUUCUCUACGAAGACGUGAUAAGAAUCCGGUUCGUGUUAUUGUUAAUACUUUAGGUUGCGAUUGUUGUACAUGGUUGUGUACAGGUGAAAGCUGGCGAGAAGGAUAACAUAUUUUAAACGUUUUUUUACGUCAGCUUGUUUAUGGUUUAAUUUAAGUAGAAAAUGCACGAUUAUUGCCACGCUUUAGUAGAAAUUGUUUUGGUUUUCUCUUCAAAAUGAAUUUUAAAAACUAGCCACUAUCUACAUAUUUAUUGUUCGUGAUAUUUAUAUUCAAUACACGCGAAGAAAAAUGUUGACCAUUAUCACAUACAAUGUUUUCAGAAUAACCAAAUCUAACAAAACUUCAGGUGA